GGUUUUCCAGGAUGAAGGAAUGUGCAACUAUAUUGUCGUCUACUUACGAUUGCUGACUUCUGCUCAACUACAGAAGAAAGAAGAGUUUUUUGAAAAUUUUCUUGAAGGAGGUCAAACUAUGAAAGAUUUCUGUAGUCAGGUGAGCUUUGUUGCUCGCACAAGUUGUAACAAACCUGCAGCAGACUUGUAGCAAUGCUCUUCCAACAACUUGUCAACAGGAUAUGUUCGCACUGCUUGUUCCCAGCUUGUUGACAACUUGCUACAAGGUUGUUGAGCUCAACAGACUUGUUACAAGUUGUUCCAACAACUCGUUAUCGUUCUGUAAUUCAACAAUUUGUCAAGAAGUUGUGAGUGACAACCUUGUAAUGGUUGAUUCCAGCUGCAGACUAAAUUUUGAUCAAGGCUAGAAGAACGAAAUUCAACACCGCAGCUAGAAAGAGCGUCUUAGAAUGAGUAAAACCGCAAAGAUUGGUUGCUAAAUUUUGUAAACUGAAGAAAAUACAGCCCUGCGAAGUUCGCAAAUUUUGUAUAUAUUUGUAUUACGCGCGGUAAAAAUAACCACUUUCGGCUCAAUUUCGGUUAUUUUUCACGCGCGUAAUGCAAAUAUAUACAAAAUUUGCGAACUUCACACGGCUAUAUUUUCCUCAUUUUACAACAAUUCGCAAACAAACUUUGCAGUUUUACUCAUUUUAAGAUGCUCUUUCCAGCUAUGGUAAUGGGAUUUCGUUUUUCACAGGGCUAUAUUUUCCUCAUUUUACAACAUUUAGCAACCAAUCUUUGCAGUUUUACUCAUUCUAUUAAUAAGACGCUCUUUCUAGCUGUGGUAUUGGAUUUUGGUCUUCUUGUUAUAUGUAAACAACGAGUUUGAGUGUUUCAUCAGGGGAUCCAAACACGAGAAAACUGUAUGAAACACGAGCGCGAGUGUUUUAUUGUUUUCGAGUGUUUGGUCCCUUGAUGAAACACGAGAAACGAGUUGUUUACACAACAUCUCAAACGAAAACAUUUCAUUGGCUUAUAUAUAUUAUUAUAGUAUAUUGUUGUGUUUUGACUUGAAUUUGUAAUUAGGAUCUCAGAUAUUAGAUGAAAACCGUUUUUCAUCUAACAACAGUGAUGGUAUAUGAUUUUUAGCGUGUUUCCUUGCGGUAUCCAACCUCAAUCAUGUGACGAAUUAGGGUGAGUUCAUUCGCUAAUUUAAUCAUGAAUUAUUAAUGAGUUUGAGAUGCCUUGAUCAAAAUUUGGUCUGUAGCUGGAAUAACAGGCCUAUUCGAACCCUGCUAAGCAGUAUGUAUUCUUUGCAGGAAGUGGAACCGAUGUCACGAGAAAGUGACAACAUUCACAUCAUCGCGUUAUCAGACGCCACAGGGGUAUGUAUCCGAAUCGAGCAUUUAGAUCGGAGUGGAGCAGACUCUACUAUCAAUCAUCACGAUUUCCCUGAUGACGGCCGUGAACCUAUGAUCCAUCUACUCUAUAAACCUGGCCAUUAUGAUAUCUUGUAUAAACAUGUAAAAUAACACACAUUGACGUAAUUUAUUAAUUAGUGUUUGUUAAUAUGUACAUCUCGACAUCUUUUGUCAGUAUUUUGUAUAUUGCAGAGUGUAGACAUCUAUAAAUAGUUCGAUCAUUUUCGUGUUCGUUUCUUCGUAAUAUUUUCAUUCUUUAUGAAACCCUUGGAGAAAAUAUAAAGUUCUGAACUGUCCACUCUCGAUGCUUUCGGCUUUACUUGUUUGCAAAGUGAGAAACUUUCGGAUAUCUCUUCAAUAAACUCUAGAAAAUAAAAAAUAUUGAGAAUAAAAUCACUUCUCAACGCAGGUCUGUUUUGGGGGUCUGGGGGGGGGGGAGGUGUACGUACCACACCUAGUGGUAUCUAUACCCCCUAGAGAAGUAGAACGCCACCCCAAAAAAUCUGCUUGACCACGCAUUUUCUGCUUUUCCAAUACCAAUUAGCGAAAUUUAUACUUUAGCGCGUGUCGAUUUCUUGAAACGAUUUAAUUGAUUUGUGAGCUCACGAGAAAAUAGUCAGAAUGCUUUAGUUAAAUAUCAUCAUGGUUAAAUAUGUAAACAUGUCGAGGUUGUUUUACAGCCAUAUUUUCAAAUAUUUCGUACUUUAACAAGCGAAUUUACUGUUGUGCGAUAGCAACUGUCCAAUCACGCAUACGUGAUAAAAAGCCGGACGUAAAGUUUAUAAACAAAAGAUAAAUGUAAAACGUAACAGAACGGCAAACAUGCAGAUUCGGCCAUCUCAAAUAAUGGUAAUGUUGGGAUAGUGGCGUUGUAGACUGCAGAGGAGAGUGGGCAGUAAGGCUCCCUCAUGCACCACCCCAUGGAAAACCUGUACCCCGCCCCCGAU